ACAAAAAUUAGAAUUCUUGUACUGUGGGUAUUCUUGUGUUGGGAAAUAUUUUAAAAUAUUACUAAUCCUAUGAGAUAAAAAAAAAAAAAAGCUUGGAAAGCAGUAAAGUUAAAUUUAAUAAUUAUUAAUUUUUGCAAUUUUAUUAUAUGAAGAGCAAUUGAUGAAAAUCAAACGUGUUUAGCUUCUAUUCGAAGAUAUUUUUUUAUUAAAAUGUUAAAGGAUAUGCCAUAUCUAAAGGAAUAUGACUGAUUUUCAACAUAGUAUUGUUUUAUUUUCUGGUGAAGAUGGUUUACCUUUAGAAUUUAAUGUUCGAAAUACAAAUGAAAAGACACUUUUGAAAGCAUUGAUUGAACAUGGAGGUGGUUUGUGUUCUCAAAGCGAUGGUGCUAUUCAUUUAAUCAGUUCUGGAACGAAGGUUCUUAAUGCUGAUUUGGGGAAAAAACUUGUAUCUACCCAAUACAUCUUUGACUGUGUGAAACAAAACUAUUUGCUGGAUGUAAAUGAUUAUGUGUUCACUAUUUCAGAAGCCAGAACAAGUGAUAUUAGUGAUGAAGAAAGUGAAAACUUAAACAAUGAUAUACAAGCAGGAGUACCAGAUGUAAAUGUAAGUGAUUAUUUAGAAGUAAUCAGCAUGAAUGAAACAUUACCUUCAAGUUUGCAUAUGAAAGGCAAAAACAAUAUUAGUAUUGUUCCUCCUGAAUUGAAACAAAAUGAAAUGCAGCAAAAUUUAACAUCAUCAAAUACAUCGGAAAGUUUUGUUGAAGGAAGUGUUGGGAUGGAUUCUAAUUUUAAAAUUUCCUCUAUUCCAACUAAAAGUACUCUUUCACCAGAAUAUAAACCAUUGACAUCUACUGCUAAGGAUGCCUUCUCGGAGAAUGCUCAGAAUAAUUUUGCAGACAUUUCUGAUAGGUUAAGCCCAAUUGAGGGUUCACAGUCUCUUGUAAGCCAUUUAAAAAUGAAUGAUAUAUUUUCAAAUGAUGAUUUAAAAUAUAUUGUACAAUCACAGAAGAAAAAUUUUGUUGCAAGUCCAGAAAACCCUUCAUCUGUACAUACCAUUGUCUCCAGUUCUCAGCCAACUGCAGAAUUUGAUGAAUUUGACAAUUUGUUGUUAAGUAAAGCUCAGCAGAAGCAUCAAUCAGAUGAAGAAGAAUGCUUAUCACAGAGUUACACAGUUAGUAGUUCUGCUGAUGCUCAAGUAGGCUCAAAACCUAAUUCUGAGGAAAUUUUUGCUGAAGGGUCAUCUGCAGUUCCAGAUUCUCCCAUGCAGAAUGAAAAGCUAGUGAAAGAACACCAAGCUUUCAUCAAAGAACUUGAGACUGGAGUGGAAAAUAUUCUAAAGAAACCUUCUCCUAAAUCUAUUCAAGACAAAAUAUAUCUUGUUAAAUAUUUGUGUUGUAUAAUGAAACUUCCACCAGCAAAAGUAUUAGAAAUAUUACCACGUCUAUAAGACAUGAUGAAAUUUUAUAUUUUGUAUUAAUAUUAUAUACUAUUUUUUACUAUGUUUUUAUUUUCAAUUAAAAUAAGUCACCUGAUAUUUAAAAAAAUAAAUU